AUGGGCGAGCCCGAUUCAUGGGAGGAUAUCGCGGGCCAGCAGCAGCCGCCACCGCCAGGCGGCGCGGGCGGAUAUUACAACGCGCCGCCCGGCGCUGGCGGCGGAGCGCUCAACGUGAACGCGGCGGCGUUCGCGUUUAACCCGACGGCGGGCACGUUCGUGCCUAACUACGGCGGCCAGCCUGCUCCCGGUGGUGCUCCUGGCGCGUACGGUUACAACCAAGGCGGGUACGGUUACAAUCCGCAAGCGGCGUACGGUUACAACCAAGGCGGUUACGGUUACAACCAAGGCGGGUACGGCUACAACCAACAGCAGUACGGCGGUGGAUAUCAGCAACAGCAGUACGGCGGGGGAGGGUAUCAGCACCAGCAGCAGCAGUACGGGGGAAGGGGGGGAAGGGGAGGUGGCGGAGGGCGGGGAGGCGGAGGAUACGGCGGGGGACGAGGAGGCGGCGGAGGCGCUGCCCAGCAGCAGUACGCGCAACCGGCGCAGCCUCAGCAGCAGCAGCCGUCGGGGCCGGCGGUAACUAAAACCCUCGGCGGUCCCGCGUCUUCCGGCCCGGCCGUCUCGAAAACCCUCGGCGGUCCCGCGUCGUCCGGCCCGGCAGUCUCGAAAACCCUCGGCGGUCCUGCGGUCACCAAGUCCCUUGUAACGAGCACUCGCCGUCACUCUUGGCGGCCGCAGCCUCCCACAUGCAAUUCCCGUCUGAUCCGCCAAAUUUGCCUGUUCCCCCGCGCGCUCGUCCAUUCCCUAGCCUUCCCUUCCACCCUCGCUCUCGCCCUUACUUUUCACACGUUCCGCCCUCUCGCGCGGCUUUCCUCCGCCGCGCCCCACUCCCCGCGCCCCCCUCCCCGCGCCUCCUUCCCCGCGCCCUCCUCCCCGCGCCUCAUCUUGCCCUCGCUUCGUGCAGCGGACGCGGCAGCAGCGGCGGUGGCAGCGGUGAGCAUCAAGGAGGUCGAAAAGGAUGAAACCCCUUCUGCAGACGGAUCAGCAGAAUCCGCCAAGGUCGAAGCCGCUGCAGCGGCAUCAGCGUCCGCGGCGGCGGCGGCGGCGGUAGUGGAGGAGGAGGAGGCGGAGGAGGAGUUUGAGAUCCCUGAGUCGGAGGACAAGCGCCAGCACCUCAACCUCGUCUUCAUUGGCCACGUUGACGCGGGCAAGUCGACGAUCGGAGGGCAGAUCCUGUACCUGGCGAACAUGGUGGACGAGCGCACCAUCCAGAAAUACGAGCGCGAGGCCAAAGACAAGAACCGCGAGAGCUGGUACAUGGCAUAUAUCAUGGACACCAACGAGGAGGAGCGAGCCAAGGGCAAGACAGUGGAGGUCGGUCGGGCGCACUUUGAGACGGAGAAGAAACGAUACACCAUCCUCGACGCCCCGGGCCACAAGAACUACGUACCCAACAUGAUCAGCGGAGCAUCACAGGCGGACGUGGGCGUGCUGGUGAUAGCGGCGCGCAAGGGCGAGUUUGAGACGGGGUUUGAGCGCGGAGGGCAGACGCGCGAGCACGCACAGCUCGCCAAGACGCUCGGCGUGUCCAAGCUCGUGGUGGUGGUCAACAAGAUGGACGACCCCUCCGUGCAGUGGAGCCAGGAGCGGUAUGACGAGAUAGUCACCAAGCUCACGCCCUUCCUCAAGCAGUGCGGCUACAACACCAAAAAAGAUGUGCAGUACCUACCAAUAUCGGGCAUCCAGGGUGCGAACAUGAAGGAGCGGGUGAAGAAGGACGUGUGUCCGUGGUACGACGGGCCGUGCUUCUUUGAGGUCCUGGAUGCUCUCGCCCCACCCGACCGCGACCCCAAGGGCCCCGUCAGAAUGCCCAUCAUAGACAAGUACAGAGACAUGGGCACGGUGGUCAUGGGCAAGGUGGAGAGUGGCUGCAUCAAGCGAGGCGACACACUCACCGUCAUGCCCAAUAAGACCGUGGUGAAGGUGGUGACCAUAUUCCGAGACAACGACGAGGUGGCAUUCGCUCUGCCGGGGGAGAACCUCCGCGUGCGCCUCACAGGCAUCGAGGAGGAGGAGGUCUCUGCCGGCUUCGUGCUCUCCUCGCGCAAGCGUCCCAUUGGAGUGUGCACAGAGUUUGACGCUCAGCUGCAGAUCCUGGAGCUGUUGGAUCACAAGGCCAUCUUCACGGCGGGGUACAAAGCGGUGCUGCAUGUGCACAGCGUGGUGGAGGAGUGUGAGAUCAUCAGCCUGCUGCAGCAGACGGAUCCCAAGACCAAGAAGCCCAUGAAGAAGAAACCCCUCUUUGUCAAGAGCGGUGCUAUCGUGGUCGUGCGCAUUCAGGUGAGCGACCCCAUCUGUGUGGAGAGAUUCGCCGACUUCCCGCAGCUCGGCCGCUUCACUCUGCGCGACGAGGGUGAGUCACACCACCACGCCAGCGCUGCACACGGGCCCGCCAAUGGCCUCGCACAACCAGCGUGCUGA